AGGUUGUUGAGCAGUUUAAAGUUUUGGCCAUUUUUGACUUUGAUCAUACCCUUGUGGAUGGCAACACAGACACAUGGAUAACAAAACUGCUUCCUUCAACCAUGCAGAUUAUUCGAGAACAUCAACGGAAUGGUUGGUGUUGGACUAAUAUCAUGGACAAGGUCUUUGGGAUUCUUCACGAAGAAAAUUUAAGCAAGGAUGACUACGUAAGGUGUUUUGAAUCUCUACAAUUCACAGAAGGAAUGAAGGAUACUUGUCACUUUCUGCAGAGCAAAAAAAUACCAACAAUAAUUAUAUCUGACUCAAACAGUUACUUUAUUGAUCACUUACUGGAACGUGACUCUCUACAAAAUGCUUUCUGUUGCACGUAUACAAAUCCAGCAGUAUGGCACAGCAAUGGACGUUUACAUGUCGAGCAUCAUCAUGAACAUGAUUGUAAACAGUGUCCACAGAAUCUCUGCAAACAGAAGGUUGUUCAAAAGCAUCUGGCAGAUCAUAAUCUAAGUUAUGAGCAUAUUGUUUAUGUUGGUGAUGGCCACGGGGAUCUCUGUCCCUGUCUGGCAUUGAAGAAGGGAGACUACAUUCUAGCAAGGAAAGAGUAUAAACUUUUAAAGUGUUUGCAAGGUGAAAACCAGUCAGAGGUUAAGGCAAAAGUUGUUCCAUGGGAAAGUGGCUUUGAAGUUUUGAAGUUGUUUCAAAAGUUAUUUGAAACUUAAAUAAAUGUUAUUUUUGCAAUAA